GUUACAUUUUUUUUGAAAAAGGCUUUUUGCAGAGGUGAUAUCUAAUGCAUGACAACAAUGGGAUUGGAUGGCAUGGAAGCUAUUGCCAUUGCUGUUGUCAUUGGACUCUUUAUUGUUGUGCUUAAACAGUUUGGGAUUUGGGAGCCUUUGUCACUGGAAGACAGCUGUGACAAUGACCUGGAAUUAUCCAUGGUGCGCCACCAACCUGAGGGCCUCGAUCAGCUCCAAGCCCAAACCCAGUUCACCAGGAAGGAGCUUCAGUCGCUUUACAGAGGUUUCAAAAAUGAAUGUCCCAGUGGGACAGUGGAUGAGGAAACGUUCAAGAUCAUUUACUCACAGUUCUUCCCUCAAGGAGAUGCAACCAUGUAUGCACAUUUCCUGUUCAAUGCAUUUGACAUGGACAGAAGUGGCUCCAUCCGUUUUGAAGACUUUGUGUUAGGAUUGUCUGUGUUGCUUAGAGGCUCGGUUCCAGAGAAACUCCGAUGGGCGUUCAAUCUAUAUGACAUCAACAAGGACGGCUACAUUACUAAAGAGGAAAUGUUGGCAAUAAUGACGUCCAUUUAUGACAUGAUGGGAAGGUGUACUUCACCGAGUGUACGGGAAGAGUCCCCCUUUGAACAUGUGGAGAAAUUCUUCCAGAAAAUGGAUCGGAACAGAGACGGAGUGGUGACAAUUGAUGAAUUCAUAGAAACCUGCCAGAAGGAUGAAAGUAUAAUGUCUUCCAUGCAGCUCUUCGAGAAUGUCAUCUAAGUUUCCGUAGAAGGAAGUGGAUCAGUAAUGCCGCUUAGUGCUUCC